AGCUCGGUGCAAACGUCAGAUCAAGUUGAAGGCGACAACAGUGGUCAUUUCAGGUCAUUAAUCUAAAACUACAAUGUCUUCGGUUGAUUAUUUGAGAGAGUUUGUUAGCGAGCGACUUACCGCUGCUGCUGAAGAAAUAUUCGUAGUUUUUGAAAGAAUAAUUAUCGAGUACGAAGGGGAGAUGGAUCCUCGGCGCAGACCGCUGGGUGUCGUUUUAAAACCUGAAAUAAAGUUAAACAGAGUGGAGCCUCCACAGCAACAUGUCAAUACAGAGGAGGUCCGUGCUGACCAGCAGCUCUGUAAUCAGGAGAGGAACUCCAGUCUGGACCAAAAGGACUCAGAACCUCCACAAAUAAAAGAGGAAAGGGAAGAACAUGAGGAACCCCCAAGCUGUCAGGAGGGAAAGCAGCUUGAACUAAAGCAGGAGAUUGAUGCCUUCAUUUUUAAUCCUCCUUAUGAUGACAGUGACCACAGCGAAUCAGAAGUGGAUGCCUGCCAGAAGGAAAUCUCUCAAAAGUCUCAUGUAUUUAAGAACCAAGACCAGAAAGGAGACAAGUAUGAGGAACUUGGAUCAGCAAGCAAUGAAGAGCAGCAACCAGAGACAAGUUUGAGUCACAUGUACAGUACAUACAACACUAAUUUUCCUGAAAUUCACCCUAAUGCACUCGCAGGAAAAAAGUCUUUCCAAUGUGGCACGUGUGGAAAAGAUUUUUCAUGUAAGUCCAAACUGCACCGACACCAGAGGACCCACACAGGUGAAAAGCCAUACAUUUGCAAUACAUGUGAUAAAGGAUUCUGUGACGUUUCAGUACUAAGAAGGCAUAUGAGUGUGCACACAGGGGAGAAGCCAUGCUUUUGUCCCACGUGUGGCAAAAGAUUUAGUGACCUCUCAGUACUUAGAAGGCAUAUGAGCAUCCACACGGGUGAGAAGCCAUUCACUUGCAAAAUAUGUGGAAAGGAUUUUAGACUUAGCAGUGUCCUGAAGGUCCACAUGAGAACCCACACAGGGGAGAAGCCACACAUUUGCAAGACCUGUGGGAAAAGAUUUUGUGAGCUUUCAGUUUUAGUCAAACAUAUGAGAGUCCACACAGGAGAGAAACCGUUUACUUGCAAGACAUGUGGGAAAGAGUUCAGACAGAGCAGUUACUUGAUAGUCCACAUGAGAACCCACACAGGAGAGAAGCCAUAUGCUUGCAAAACUUGUGAUAAAAGAUUCAGUGAUAUUUCAGUAUUGAUAAGGCAUAUGAAAACCCACACAGGAGAGAAACCCCAUCUUUGCAAGACUUGUGGUAAAGGAUUUAGUGACCUUUCAGUGUUAAAAACGCAUAUGAGUAUUCACACAGGCGAGAAGCCGUUUACCUGUAAAGUAUGUGGGAAAGACUUCAGACUUAGGUGUGUUUUGAAAGUCCACAUGAGAACCCACACAGGUGAGAAGCCACACCUUUGCAACACCUGUGGUAAAAGUUUUAGUGACCUUUCAGUAUUGAGAAGACAUAUGAGUAUACACACAGGGGAGAAGCCGUAUGUCUGCCAAACAUGUGGGAGAGCUUUCAGGCAUAACAGUUAUCUGACUGUUCACAUGAGAACCCACUCGGAGGAGAGGCCUUUUGUGUGCAAAAAAUGUGGAAAAGACUUUAGACACAUGAACUCCUUGGUGAAUCACAUGAAAACCCACAAUGAUUAGAAGCAACCCUCCUGCAACAGUUACAGAAAAGGCAACAUUCUGCAUUUCAGCUGGCAAGAACCAAGUUCACUCCUGCUGUAGCACUGUAUACACAAAGAAUCACAGAAGUGACGUGCUGCAUUAAUGCACCACUAGUAAGAAAAGUUUUACAGAAGGUUUUUACAUAUUUUGAUAAAGCAUGAAGGCCAAUAGAAACAGAGAGCUCAACUUCAUGAGUAGGAGUUCACAUACUCGAUGACAUACUUUUAAAGUAGCUAUAAAUUUGUAAUUACAUGUACAGUGUUCUCUGUAUUCACUGAAAUGUCAUUAUACUAGUGUAAAUGUUCACUUCAUCUAUUUUUAUGGCAAUCUCUGUUUAUGCGAAAUCAUUGUGAUGGAUUAUUGUCAGUGGACCUCAUUCACCAACAACUCUGAAGAAGACGUUUGUUCUUAAAAUCUACUUAAGCAGUAAUGAAGGAAAUUCUUUCUGAAGUUUUCUCAUCUGUGACUAGUUCUUAGUGAAAGAACAAAAUCAAAGAGCACCCCAGAACACUGGCUCACAUUUGAGUGCUAAUAUGACUGUAAAGAUAGACACAAUAACAUACAUUUAAAUAUUGUACCGUAUUUUGAUACAUUUAGCUCUUAUAUAUUAUGAAAUAUGCACAAAUAGGUGACUUGAAUAUAGUAAACUUUUAAUGUAAUUAUACAAUUUUUUUUUAUCUUAACUAAAAAAUAUGAAAUUAUGAAUAUAAACUUGUGACAUUGGUAUGAAAUGUUAUCUAAUACUUAUUUAAAAUAAAAAAAACGGACCUUGAUUUAUGCUUUUGAAGCAUAUAUUUAAUAUCCACUACCAGAACCAAAUAUAUUUAAGAGACUUAAACAAGUUUACAAUAAAUUAUUGUAUACAUUUUUAUGAAAGAGAAAUGUGCAGUCUUUGGUGAUUAGACUCUUAUCGUGAUGACUUCAUGUACUUGAAGGGGUAGUGAGGCAAACAGCAGGAUUAGGAUACCCCACGGUGGAGUCUAGACACUUGUGGUGGUGUGGAUGAGGGAUGCCGGAUCAAAUGAGGAGUAGACUUCUGAGCAGAAGACCUGUGAGGAAAUGGACUAGAUGCUGCUGAACUUAAUAGAGGUGGCUGGGGUGGAGGAGGGUUGCAGCAUCCACACUGAAAUGACAUACUUACUGUGGAAGAGAGAAUGACAGAUUUAAUAUGUGUCAUUAUGAUUGGUCAAACAAGGUCGUGACAGAAUCUGAUUAGCUGAGUACUUAAGAGAGUGAGCGGCUAUGAUCAGCUGAUCACCAGAACAGGAAGAGAGAAAGAAUGCAAGAGGGGAGAGAUCUGAACGAGUUGUGACUAAUGAAUGAGUAGAACACUCUUCCAGCUUGAACUUUGGCUGAGCUCCAUAAUUCAUCAUGUUUUGGUUUCCUUCGGAGCAGCCCUACAUCCACUUUAGAACGAGCUAGGCCUAAGUAAUUAUUUUACUUAUAGUCCAGUGCAUGAUUGUUUCAACAAUUCUGCCCUUUAAUUUGGACAUUACUGACAGGUUGGUACUUUUCAUUCCUAAAACCCUUUUGUGUUCACAGACCUGCAGUCUUAUGCCCUUACAUGGGCACAAAAAGAGCAUUUAUCUAUGCUAAUAAAGAAAAGCGUGCAUCCAGCUUACGAGAACAUGAGCUACAAAUGGAGCUGUUUAACAACACAUCAUGAAUCUGACGCAAGUUUCUCUUAUAAAUGUUCUUAAGAACAAAUCUAAGUAAAAUCUAAAGAAUAUACUGGUGAAUGAGGCCCACUGUGAGAACUAAGAAGUGUCUGGGAUUUCAUGGUUUAUCACGCCAAAUCAUCUCAAAAUUCUAUACUUUAUUUCUGUAAUAACACAAAUAUAAGCCUAGUUGUUUAAGUCUUCUAUGAGGAUUCUUUUUUGACUUUUUUUUUAUUGUUGGUUACACUGUUUCUUAACAUUUUGAGUUGCAACACCUGUACACCCAUGUAAAUGUACUGAAAUAAACGUGCAGUUUCUAUUAUGAUUGAAUGUCAAACUUAAAUGUAAAGUUUCUCUUGCUAUGGGUUUAUAGUGAGAUUUCUGUCACUUUAUUUGUAUGACAAUCAUUGUCUCAUAAAUGGAUAUAAAGAUGUAGGUGUUACACUGAGUUCCAGUCAAAGCCAUGUGUUUGUGGUCAUCAGUGGUUUCCAAAGUGUCAUAUUUUUUCAUCAGUCUGAGGAUCGUCUUUGUGUUAAUGUCACAGCAAAUCAAAAAAGCUGUUAGUUGAGUAGUCCUUGUGAAUGAAACCUCUGUAAAAUCUUUGAAAGAAGUCAAACUUGACAUGUGGCUAUGCUUUUAACAAUCUGAUGUAAGUGCAGAGGAAGUUCUUCUGAAUGUAAAUGUGCCUCCUUUAAUAAAUGGAGGAAAUAACUUGUCAACUUAAAGAAUGACACAUUUUUCUGAUCAUGGCUAAGUAAAUGCCUUAAAAACAAUUGUUUUUCAAGGUGGUUUCUAAUGCCUAUAAAUGAACUUGAAAUAAUAGCAGAGAUUUGGAAGCAAACAAAAGUAAAGAGCCAAAAUCACAAAAGACACUUCAAAAAGACAUAUUGCUGCAAAGAAUGUAACUAAUAUGUGUUGAAAGA